ACUUUGAGGUUGAUGAGUUCUUUUUGGACUUGAACCUCUCAAAAGUGUUUUUUUCUUUUCUUUUAAGCUUAAUGUGAAAGGCCUUCAACCAAUUUCUGCAUCCUUUGCUUUUGAACUGUGAUAUGACCUUGUGAGUAUCACCACCAUUUGUUUUUUCUUGUCAUUCACUCUUUCAAGUUUUCAACUAUUUUUUGGAUUUGGUUGGAUUUUGGAAGUUUGUGGUGCAAGAAAAGACAAUGAUUUUGCCACCGGCGAAUCAAUGGCGAGUUUGGAUACUCACAUUUUUGGUUCUAUUUGGAAUGUUCAUAGUUUGUAGCUUUGAUGGAUGCAUUGGUAAGAAUGUUUUUCAAGGUUUAAGUUAUCGUCGUUCACGUUAUCUUUUUCAUGAUUCUCCUAGUUUUUAUGUUUCACUUCAAGAAAAUAAUGCUAUUAGUUUAGAUCAAAACCAACCCAACAAAACCCAUGUUUCUGUUGAUGUUACUUUAGCUGAAAAAGUUGAUAAAAACCUAAAUAGAUUUGAUCUUGUUAAGAAUAAUGUUGCAAGUUGGGUUAAAAGUGAACUAGAGGUUAAUUUGACUUCAAAUCUCUUAGCUAGAUCUAGAUGGUUAAAGUUAAAUAAGGGAGGUGAACCAUGUAAAGAUUCUAAGGCUGUUGAUAUUUCAAUUCCUGGCUUGGAUGGUGGGAAUAUGGUAGAUUUAUCAGCUGGUGAUAUACAUGAAUUUGUUUUUCAAGCAUUGGAUGAUUCGAGGAAGGCUCGAUGUUUAGGUGGUGAUUAUUUUGAGACUGAUCUUUCGGGGGAAUCGUGGAAAUCUAGACCGUUGGUGAAAGAUUUUAGCAAUGGAUCUUACUCGAUUUCGCUUCAAGUUCAUCCUGAUUUUGUUGGGGUUUAUAAUCUUACUAUUUUCUUGCUUUAUAGACAGUUAGAAGGUUUGAAGCUUACCCCUUGGAAAUAUGUUUACGACCGAAUGGUUCGUAGUAUUGCAAUUAGAUUCUACAAGAAUGAGGUUCUCAUACCGGAGUUGCAAACUUGCAAGGCUGCUGAUUUUGAAAGGGAUGUUUGGUGUGGAAGGUGGACAAGGCAUGGCAAGAAUGACGACUGCUCCAUUGGUGAUGAUGGUAGAUACAGAUGCCUAGCACCAGAUUUUCCUUGCAAAUCUCCUUGGUGUGAUGGUUCCUUGGGAGUUUUGGAGAGUAAUGGUUGGGUGUACUCGACACAUUGCUCGUUCAAGAUGUAUUCAGCUGAGUCUGCUUGGAAUUGCUUGAAGAAUCGAUGGAUUUUCUUCUGGGGCGAUUCAAAUCAUGUUGACACGAUACGUAAUAUGCUCAAUUUUAUUUUAGAUUUGCCUGAGGUAUAUUCUGUCCCGAGAAGAUUUGACAGGAACUUUUCAAAUCCAAAUGACCCCUCUCAAACCGUUAGGAUUACAAGUAUCUUCAAUGGACAUUGGAAUGAUACACAAAACUAUCUAGGGUUGGAUUCUCUGAGAAAUGAAAGGUAUCAAAAUUUGUUGAAGGAAUACUUCUCAGAAGAUACAGUCCCGGACACUGUGAUCCUAAACUCUGGUUUACACGACGGUGUACACUUUGGUGGUAUAAAAGGAUUCUCUGUUGCAGCAAAAUAUGCAGCAUCCUUUUGGGCAGAUGUUAUGAAGACAGUGCAGCAAAGGGGAUUGGCAGUGCCGAGAGUCUUUUACCGGACUACAGUUGCAACUGGUGGAUAUGCAAGAUCGCUAGCAUAUAAUCCUAACAAGAUGGAGUUAUUUAACGGUGUUUUCUUAGAAAAAUUGAAGCAAGUGGGCGUUCUAUCUGGUGUGAUUGAUAACUUUGAUAUGACAUUUCCAUGGCAUUUUGAUAACCGGUGUAACGAUGGAGUUCACUAUGGAAGGGCUCCGGCAAAGAUGACGUGGAAAGAUGGUCAAAUUGGUCAUCAAUAUUUUGUAGACCUUAUGUUAGCUCAUGUUCUUCUCAAUGCACUGUGUGCAAGAUAGCCAUGUAGCUUCUGUUAGAAAAGACUAUAAACUUGAAGACUAUUGAGGUAGCUUUCACUUAGUUAAACUUUUGCAUUUUCUGAAAAAUUAGGUUUGAUAUUCUUUCUAGCUCAUAUAUUUUGUUAGUCUGAGUUAUGUAUACAUUAUGAGAUUGUUUCACUUGUAGAUUAAUACAGAGAGGAUUGUAAGUC